AGGUUCGGAGCUCUUCGAAAACAGCUAUUGAAAGAGUGUUGAUAAAGCCACAGGGUGGUGUCAUAGCUGUUUUGAGCCGCCAUGGUGUCUUUCGAUGUCCUUUUUGUCGCAGCCGCCCUGAUCUCUUUGUGGGUGACAUGGUCUAUGUGUAGCGGGUGGGCUACAAAACUCCUAGUCAAAAAGUUGAUCGGCCGCAUGAGCACAAAGGACAAGGGAGAGAUGCUUCUCUUUUUGAUGGGCCUUGUGAAAUAUGUGGAGCAUGGCGAGCAUGAUGAUGACGAUGGGGAGUGGUCUGUAGUUUCAGAUGUCUCUCCAACCCCGGAAGAUUUUUCUCGUUGUCAGCAUGUGCGCACCACAUGGAGGGGAUCAAACCAAUAUCAGAGGCGCUUGGUCUGCAAAGACUGUGGACAGAUUUUGUUCCUCACAAAGGCACCAAAGAAGAAAAUCACAAAAAAAAAUCCACCAAACGAGUAUGACUUCAUCAUGGUGAUUUCUGUUUCUGCCUAGCACCAUUUGGCUAGCCGUUCCAACCUCUCAAAAGAGAUGACAAGAGACUCCUGUGAACAUAGUUCAAGACCGCGACGCAAGAAAAGAA